AGUCCCCGGGGCGGGACGGGCCCGAAGGAAGGCAGCCAGUCAUGGCGGGGCGGGCGAGGGACGGAGCUGUGCGGACCGUGGUGCAGGGCUACGAGGAGCUCAGGAAGGAGUGGGCCAAGAAGAACAGGAACCUGCAGACAUGCGGGAAGUACCUCUCCGACAUCAAGGUGGAGCUGACCAAGUUGCAGUUCCUCCCGUCCAUAGGCCACAAGGUGUCUAAGGAGGAAUUACUUGUAGCAAGAAACACCCUUGAGAUCGGGGCGCUGUGGAGCAUAGCCAACAAGGACAUUCCCUCCUUUGAGCGCUACAUUGCCAUGCUCAAGAUAUACUACAUGGACUACAGAGACCAGCUGGCAGAGUCCCCUUACAUGUACGAGCUGCUGGGCCUGGAUCUGUUGUGUCUGUUGGCCCAGAACAAGGUGGGGGAGUUCCACACCACCCUGGAGCACCUGCCUGCCCCGGCCAUCACCGACAACGUGUACAUCAGGCACCCGGUGGCCAUGGAGCAGUACCUGAUGGAGGGGGCUUACAACAAGAUCUACCUUGCCAAGGGGGAGGUGCCCGCAGAAGGCUACAAGUUCUUCAUUGAGGAGCUUCUCUCUACCAUCCGGGAAGACAUCGCCGACUGUGUGGAGAAUGCUUAUGACCGCAUCCGCCCUGAAGACAUUGGCAAGAUGCUCUACCUCUCCAGCACCAAGGAGAUCCUCAAGUACUGUGAGACCCGGGGCUGGCAGGUGGGUGCUGACGGCUACCUCCACUUCAAGAAGGAGGUGCGUAAGAGUGAGGACGGCAUCCCCUCCCGUGAGCUGGCCCACCAGAUGAUCAACUACGCACGGGAAAUGGAACAGAUUGUGUAGGUCUAAGGCAGAACACACACACACACACACACACACACUGUAUUUAUAGAGUAACCUCUCAGUAACUCUGGACUCAGGAUGGAAGGAAAUUUAGUGAAUUCAUUCUUCACCUCACAGUUUCUUUACUUAUGACAUUGAAAUGAAACAUAUUUUGCUUAGAAAACUGACUUCAACUCUCAACAUGUGCUUCAUCUUUUCAAAUGCCUCUGUGAAUGUUCAUGUAUAAACAAUGCUAAGCAUUGCCAAGAUGAGCAGCCUAAGGUGUGGUAUGUGGUACAGAAUUACUAAUAGUAUUUUAGCUUCCUCUUUCAAAUUUUUUGUUGCAGUUUUCGUGCUCUUUUAGAGCAUCUUUGUCACCCAAUUUAUAAUAAAUAUAGGAAAUCCC